UGAAGGACCACAACCCCUCCAUCUCCAACGCAUUACGACUUUCCACGACCUGCACGACCUGCAAUCAUGGCGGAACCUCCAAUAGUCCUGGACGGAGGAACCGGUUUCCUCAAGGUUGGCUACGCUGCACAAAACUUCCCUGAAUUCCAAUACCCGUCCAUUGUCGGUCGACCGAUUCUGCGAUCCGAAGAGAAGGGCAACGAUGGCCUGGUUAUCAAAGACAUCAUGUGCGGAGACGAAGCAGCAGCGGCGCGAACUAUGCUGCAAGUGUCAUACCCCAUGGAGAAUGGUAUCGUGAAGAAAUGGGACGAUAUGCAACAUCUAUGGGAUUAUACUUUCUACGAGAAGAUGAAGAUUGAUACCACGGGGCGCAAGAUCCUGUUGACGGAGCCGCCCAUGAACCCGCUGAAGAACAGAGAGCAGAUGUGCCAGGUGAUGUUUGAGAAAUAUCAGUUCGGCGGGGUGUACGUCGCAAUCCAGGCUGUGCUGGCACUUUAUGCGCAGGGUCUCAGCUCGGGAGUUGUCGUUGAUUCCGGAGAUGGAGUUACCCACAUUGUUCCCGUCUACGAAUCGGUUGUCCUCAAUCACCUCACCCGCCGUCUAGAUGUCGCCGGGCGAGACGUGACACGCAACCUGAUUGCGCUUCUCCUCCGCCGCGGAUACGCCUUGAACCGCACAGCCGAUUUCGAAACUGUGCGCCAAAUCAAAGAGAAGCUUUGCUACGUUUCAUACGAUUUGGAGUUGGAUCAAAGAUUGAGCGAAGACACAACCGUUUUGGUUGAAAGCUACACCCUUCCAGAUGGUCGUGUGAUCCGAGUUGGCAGCGAGCGUUUCGAAGCCCCCGAAUGUCUCUUCCAACCCCAUCUCGUCGAUGUCGAACAACCUGGUAUCGCCGAGUUUCUAUUCAAUACUAUCCAAGCUGCCGAUGUCGAUGUUCGGUCUUCGCUCUACAAAGCCAUUGUUCUCUCGGGUGGAAGCAGCAUGUAUCCAGGCUUACCGUCACGGUUAGAGAAGGAGUUGAAGCAGUUGUGGCUGACGAAGGUGCUGGGCGGAAACCCAGAGAGAUUGAAUAAGUUCAAGGUUAGGAUCGAGGAUCCACCGCGGAGGCGGCAUAUGGUUUUCUUGGGGGGUGCUGUGCUGGCCAAUAUCAUGGCCGACAAGGAGAAUAUGUGGAUCACCAAGAAAGAAUGGGAGGAGCAGGGAGCCACCAGGUCCUUAGAAAAGUUAGGUCCGAGGUAGGAAAAGCCCUGUAUUUCGUGGCAGACAUUCAUUCAAUUGCUUUAUAAAUCGACGGCUUCUCUCCCUUUCUGCCUUGGUGACGCUCCGCUGGCCCUCCGGGGCCAUUACCGUGGAGACGAUCCUGUUUGGUUUGAUGGAGGAAGACUUUUCUUCUUCCCGUUCCUGUUUGAAAGAUUU